AGUUUCAAUCGAAAGCACUUGAACGCAAGAUGAAGGUUUUGAUUUGCUUGUCUGUUUUUGUGGCCGCCACGGUGGCACUGCACUUGCCAGCUGGAUUCCAGCGACCACCAAGACCACUGCCAGAGGAUGGUGAGGUCAAUGCUGUUCCACCACACAUUCCAGAGCAUGUAUCUCCCGAAAUUGAGGAGCUCAUGAAUGACAUCCGUGAUUUCAUGGAAGCACUGCCACACAAGAAACUCCGAAAGCUCGUAAAGGAUGCCUUCAAGAAUGACGAACAGUUCCGCCAAACCGUCACAUUCCUGCAGUCCCCGAAAUUCCACAAAAUCAUGAAGGAGAUCGAAAGCAUCCCAGAGGUGCAGGAACUCUUCCGUCCCUUCAAGGAGCAUCACGAAAUUCAGGGUGAAGAUCUCGCUAUUCGUGCCCUUGUUGCACUCAAUGAUGAGAUCGAAAUUGAGACUCUGCCCGGAACUGUUGAGCAACAUCCCGGUGGUGGAAUUUGUGGACUCAUUGAUCGUAUAAUUGCCAUCCUUCCCCAUGAGAAACUUCGUGCUCUUCACCGUGAGAAGGUUGCUAAAGGUGGAGUUUUUGCCGAGAUCGUCAGCUUUUUGACCAGCGAUAGAUUCCAACAGGGCUUCCAUGCUGUUAUCCAGUCUGAGCGCUUCCUCGAACUCGAUGGCGUCCUCCGUGAGCAUGGUGUGUGCCUCGACAAAUUCGUUGAACUCCCAAUGAAUGUUUUUGGAUUCCACUAAAUGCAACUUAAAGGAACCACCAACACGCCUCACAGUCAUUACAUAUUCACCAAAAUGUUGUGCCAAGAUGUGAAAUUAAUAAAUCUUAAGUGGCUUGAUUGGAA